AGAUGCAGCGAGUUGACAGAACUCGGGAGAUGGGAAAAGCGAAAAUGCCAACAAACAGCCCACAUGUUCUGCAGCAUCCCUGGCUCCCGCCUCCCUAGCCACGGUGCCUCUCCCCCUCGGUCCACCCCACUGUGUGGCCGCGACUCUGCCCCUUCCCUCUCCGGCCACCCAGACCCAUGCCUCGUCCCGCGGCACACCAGCUCCCCGGCGUGUGCAGACCCUCCGGCGCCGACCAUGCUGUACGUCAGUGACCCCAUGCGGCACCUCGCCACGGCCCAGUUCAAUCUGCUCAGCAGCUCCAUGGACCAGAUGAACAGCCGCGCGGCCUCGGCCAGCCCCUACGCCCCGGAGCACGCGGCCAGCGUGCCCACCCACUCGCCUUACGCGCAGCCCAGCUCCACCUUCGACGCCAUGUCCCCAGCACCUGUCAUCCCCUCCAACACGGACUACCCUGGCCCCCACCACUUUGAGGUCACUUUCCAACAGUCGAGCACGGCCAAGUCGGCCACCUGGACGUACUCCCCGCUGCUGAAGAAACUCUACUGCCAAAUCGCCAAGACAUGCCCCAUCCAGAUCAAGGUGUCCACACCGCCACCUCCAGGCACCGCCAUCCGGGCCAUGCCUGUCUACAAGAAGGCAGAGCACGUGACCGACAUUGUGAAGCGCUGCCCCAACCAUGAGCUCGGAAGGGACUUCAACGAAGGACAGUCUGCCCCAGCCAGCCACCUCAUCCGUGUGGAAGGCAACAACCUCUCCCAGUACGUGGAUGACCCCGUCACUGGCAGACAGAGCGUCGUGGUGCCCUACGAGCCCCCGCAGGUGGGGACAGAGUUCACCACCAUCCUGUACAACUUCAUGUGUAACAGCAGCUGUGUGGGGGGCAUGAACCGGCGGCCCAUCCUCAUCAUCAUCACCCUGGAGACCCGGGAUGGACAGGUAUUGGGCCGCCGGUCCUUCGAGGGCCGCAUCUGUGCCUGUCCCGGACGCGACCGCAAAGCUGACGAGGACCACUACCGUGAGCAGCAAGCCCUGAACGAGAGCACCGCGAAGAACGGGGCUGCCAGCAAGCGCGCAUUCAAGCAGAGUCCCCCUGCCAUCCCUGCCCUGGGCGCCAACGUGAAGAAGAGGCGGCACGGGGACGAGGACGUGUACUACAUGCACGUGCGAGGCCGGGAGAACUUCGAGAUCCUGAUGAAGCUCAAGGAGAGUCUGGAGCUGAUGGAGCUGGUACCACAGCCACUGGUCGACUCCUACCGGCAGCAGCAGCAGCAGCUCCUGCAGAGGCCGAGCCACCUGCAGCCUCCGUCCUACGGGCCCGUCCUCUCGCCCCUCAACAAGGCGCACGGGGGUGUCAGCAAGCUGCCUUCAGUCAACCAGCUGGUGGGCCAGCCUCCCCCCCACAGCUCGGCCACCGGGCCCAACCUGGGGCCCAUGGGCCCCGGGAUGCUCAACAGCCACAGCCACGCCGUGCCGGCCAACGGCGAGAUGAACGGUGGCCACAGCUCCCAGUCCAUGGUCUCGGGGUCGCACUGCACCCCACCGCCCCCCUACCAUGCCGACCCCAGCCUUGUCAGUUUUUUAACAGGAUUGGGGUGUCCAAACUGCAUCGAGUAUUUCACCUCCCAAGGGUUACAGAACAUUUACCACCUGCAGAACCUCACGAUCGAGGACCUCGGGGCCCUGAAGAUCCCCGACCAGUACCGCAUGACCAUCUGGAGGGGCCUGCAGGACCUGAAGCAGGGCCACGACUGUGGCACCCAGCAGCUGCUGCGCUCCAGCAGCAGUGUGGCCAUCGGCGGCGCGGGGGAGCUGCCGCGACAGCGUGUCAUGGAGGCUGUGCACUUCCGCGUGCGCCACACCAUCACCAUCCCCGGCCGCGGCGGCCAGGGCGCCGGCCCUGACGAGUGGGCGGACUUCGGCUUCGACCUGCCCGACUGCAAGGCCCGCAAGCAGCCCAUCAAGGAGGAGCUCACGGACGGCGAGAUCCACUGAGGCCCG